GCCGGGCCGGAGCGCGGCACUGGGUGGACCCUGGGGAAACAUGGCGGCGGCCGUGGCGAGCCCACGUGGGCGCGGGGCUGCGGACACGGACACGGAUAGCGGUUCUGAGUUAAGCUCAGAACUUCCAGAAGACAGCUACUCCUCGGGAGGUGAAGCCUUGGAUGGUGAUGAUGAAGAUGAAGCAGCUGCCCCUGGCAAUGUGGCUGAAGAGGCAACGAGCUCCAAAGAUGGCCCAAGUUCAGGCUGGGCAGAUGCCAUGGCAAAAGUGCUCAACAAAAAGAUUCCACAGAAUAAGUCCACCAUCUUGGCCAAGAAUAAAAGCCUGGAGAAGGAGAGAGAGAGAAAAAAACAAGAAAGGCAAGAAAAGAAGAUGAGGCUCGAUAAAAAGCGGGAAUGGGAAAUGAUGUGCCGAGUGAAGCCAGAUGUUGUCAAAGACCGAGAGAAAGAAAGAAAUCUUCAGAGAAUUGCCACGAGAGGAGUUGUACAAUUAUUCAAUGCUGUCAGGAUGCACCAGAAGAAAAUGGAAGAGCAGGUGAAGAAAGCUGGGAGCUCUGAGAGGAAGCGUGCUAAACUGAUGUCUUCUGUUUCAAAGAGAGAUUUCAUCGAUGUUUUAAGAAACAUGGAGGGUGCUAAGGGAGGCAAGAAUCCUGCUGGAAAGGCCACAAAAAGUAAACAGGGUAAAGUGAAGUCUGAAGAAGGGCCAGAAUGGAAUAUACUGCGUGAUGACUUCAUGAUGGGAGCAUCUAUGAAGGACUGGGACAAGGAAAGUGAUGGAGAGGGCAACAGUGAAGAAGGAAGUGGUCUGAAACAAGAAGAUGACAGUGACUGAAUGAAACUGAAAACCAUUCAAGAUAAUGUUUUAUCUUCUUAAGUUUGUUUGGAUAAAAAGUCAGCAUUCUGUGAAUGUACAACACUUGGAGGAUACCUCUUUUAAAAGAAAAAAAAAAGACUUACACAACCUUGGAGUGUUUUCUCCUCCAUGUCAAACUUUUAUUUAAUAUAGCUCCAUUUGCUAUACUGAAAUCCUGAAAUAUUUUCCAAAACAAGUAUAAUUUUCAACAUAUUUCCAAAACAUUUUGUACAGUCAAAAUAGUGGCACUUGCCCAAUGAAAGAUAGAUUUUGCCAAGGUCAUUAAAAGUUUAUACAUUAGUCAUGGCAAUUGAUGUAUUAGUGUGCCUGCAUGUCCAAAUCACUGUUGCACUUUGAAAAGUUGUUGCAAUUUGCAACAGAAAUGACUUACAAUAAACACAGAAAUACCGUCGCCUUGUAAAGUUAUCGGACUCCUAUAGAGUCUUUACUAUUUUGGCCAGAAAAGGUUCUGUAGAUAAUAAAGGAAAGUAACCAUUAAUGUGAUAGUUCUGGUCUUGGAGCAUUAGUUUGAUUGGAGACAACUCUGGAAAUGUAAUUAUAAAAGGAGAGACUCAACUCUA